CGUCAGGGCCCGAUACAUCCUUUAAAGUCUCCCCUCAUGUUUUCAAAACGUCGACUCUAGACAUCUCACAUAGGCUACAACCGCAAACGAUGUCUGUCUAAGAGUCCUCGUGAAAAGAAGAGGACACGGGCUUAAUCCGCGAAAGAAGAGUGUACCGUUUACAAGGGGGCAGUUCAGAAGGAGUCAUGAGGAAGUGCAGUCCUUGGAUGUUUCUGCCUGGUAUUUCAUUGCUGUGGAGGAUGACAAAAUCACCCCCCUCAGUUUGGAGUACAAGCCUGAAUACGGUCCAGCUCAUGGGCAUAAUUUCUAAAGUGAUCAUUUGGAAUAGACGAGGAGCAGGGCUGGACUGGUAAUCUGGCAUACCGGGCAUUUUUCCAGUGGACCGACGCACUUUGGGGCCGAUCAGGGUGGACUGGCCAUCGGGAGAACCGAGCGGGCCGCUGUAUCAACCACGAUAAGCUAAAAUGAGCCGCCGAACACUCUCCCCCAACAACUUUUGAGCCUGUUGCUAUGUAAAACCCCAUGCCGAUUUCUCUUCCCAGUCCAGCCCUGACAAGGAGCACAUGGAUAUUGUUGAAGUUAAACAAGUACAAGCUUGUCCAGAGUUUUCCUAAGCCAUUUGGAGUGUGAUGCAGCACAUGUUUCCUUGGCAAUGAAGUGGAGCCUGAUGUUAGUGCAGCUUUCUGCAAUGCACUUUGAGUAUGAAGAUGUGAUUGUUGUAUGGUUCUAGGUUGAACAUGUUUGCCUUAAGUUCCUUGAAUGCAGAACCACCAUGGAGAUCCAGAACAUUUGUGGGGACCAGAGUUUCCGCUAGAAAAAAAUGGUGGUUUCCGGACAUUUUGAUGAUAUGCCGGUCAACUAUAUCGCCUCUUAAUUAGUCAAGUUGAGGAAAACUGGAGGCAGUCUAUGUAACUUAAAAAAUGACAUAAUCAGGCCGUAUAGAAUGCAACAUAUUAUUAUUAGCUUAACUUUCAAAUAGACGAAAAAAAAAAACAUGAACGUCCGAUUGGCGUCAAUCAACGCCAAUUGUUUUUUACUGUGGUUUCACACACAUUCACUUUUUGAAACAUUGAGGCACGGAUGUACCUAAUACAAAUAAAUAAAACAUCUCCAGUUAACUAGCAGAUCAUUCAUUUAGUCCGUUAUUAAAUAAGUGAUCUAGCGCGGAAAUCUGUUUUUUUUUAAAUCAAGCUGAGCGCUCGUGUUCUCUGCUAUCAGUUGCAUGGACGACGCGCUGCGCGAGUUGCGCAAUCUUCACUAGGACGCGCGUUUCAAUCUAUCGCCGUUGCGGAGACUCUCUAUUAAUUCCGGUGAAAUCACAAAAUAAAAUGCACACAAACGUGUCCCUGCUUUAUAUAGACUGUAACCAUGCACUGAUGAACAUAGGCUAUUCAGUUUUGAUGAUAGAGAGAAAAAAAAUGCACGAAUGCGCGGAUUAGAAGCACUGAUCUAUCUAUAAUGAGAUGUUCCUGAUUCACCAUCGUCUGGCCUCUGAAAAAAGCUUUUAAAGCUAGUCUGCCUGGGCCUGGCCAUAUUUGAAACGUCUCACUCAAUCGUUCGUUGUUUAGGUCUAUAUUGCAGCCGUUUUAGGCGUGCGCUUUAUUUGAAAUGCAGCAUGAGAUGUUGUUUCAUAACUUUCAAACGAUAGAGCCUGUUCCUUUAUAACAUAGCAAGAGAUCGGUGUAUUUUUGCUUUAUACAUUUUAGGCUUAUUCUCAAAUUCAGAUUGUGUUAGGGGGACGGGAUUAUUAGGCAAUUUUAAUCGGACAAUUUGACCGGAGAGAUUUAAUUUUGUCGGACAUUUAAUUUUUUUACCGGCCAAUGUCCGGUAAUUACCGGACAAUGGAAACCCUGGUGGGGACAGAGAUGGGCCUUGUUAGUGUGUGCUGUUGAAGAAAUCUCUCAGCUGUCUUGCAGACUUUCAGGACGCUAUCUGACGGUCUUAUAAAUCCACCUCAGGACUUCAUGUCAAUCAGUGUGUUCAUCUUGGGAAGAGCUCUCGACACUUAAGUGCUGAUAAACAGGUAGGCCUAGUGCACAGAAUCAUCUGCAUAGUUGUUUUAACUGCAAAGCCUACUAUGUACCCCCAUAGUUCGAAUUACAGGGGGUACUGGGGGGUACUAUACCCCCCAAUGAAGAUCCAGUACCCCCCCAAAGGGACAGAAAUUUCAGUUUUGGGGGGUCAGAUAAUUUUUCUGAUAUUGUGAAAAAAUAUAUUUACGGUUACAAUACAAGUCAACUCCUAUUUUCACUGUAGGAACAUUUUAAUGUAAAGCGAUUUCAGACACCCCUAUUGUGGACUGUACCAUUUUUAACCACCGUGGCGGCUAGAAGCAAUGGAGAUAGAGAACGGUUUGCUGCUGACGUGCAUGGAUAAAUGUAAGUUGCUAGCUGACAUCUAGCUUGUUGAUUUUACAACCUUCAUUUAUUAACGUGUUUUGUUCUUUCAUAGCUCAUGUCACGUCUUCAUACAUUGAAUUACCGGCUACUUACCUGUAGGGAUGGGACGAUUACGGUUUCACUAUAAACCACUAUAAAAUGUACUGACGGCUGAAUGUCACUGAAAUGCCAGCAUAUCAGAAGAUGUUGCCUCCAGUGUCACUGUGCUAUCCGGUGGAGAACUGUUGCCACUAGCUCUGAUGGAUUUAUUCUCGGAGUGCUUCGAUAUCUGCAGCUGAAACCGAGGGUUCAAAAACCCUGGCUCAACAUCGGCAGUCUGGUGGCUUUGUCUCUUACCUGCUUCGGAAUGACCUUCGUAGGGAAUUUCCAGCUGUCAAAUGACGAGGAACUGCAUAAUAUUGGCACAUCCAUGACCUUUGGCCUAGGCACGCUCUUCUGCUGGGUACAGUCCUUCAUGACACUAAAGGUCAACUUGUAUAAUGAAGGAAAGCGAGCAGGCAUCCCCCGCUUCCUGUUGUCCGGGGAAGUCACUUCCUGCAUGCUGCUUUAUUUUGCUCUAAUGGCGCAACGGCUGCACAUGCACGCUGCCCGCGCUCAGUGGGCCCUUGUCAUGUUUUUCCUGACUUACCUGGGCACCUUUGCCAUGGAGUUCCGCCAUUACCAUUUUGAGAUUGUGUGUAGUGAUGACCAGGACCCUCCCCUUAGUCUGACUGAAAGCUUCUCGGAGGUCUCAGAGUACCAAUCUGACCAGCUAUAGUCCUUUGUUCAGCCCAGUGCUUCCAGUGUUCACAACUUUAUGCAUGUAUUGCUGAAAAGAAUCUCUCUAGAAAGCUCUCUGGAUCAGUAUGUUCUUCUUUUUCUGAAUGUGUAGAUAGAUUUAAAAGUAACAAACUCAUGAAAUGCACAACGAUUUAAUGUGAUGUGUUCUAUUUUAUGUGUCAAAUAAGUGAAGCAACAAGGACACUUUCAAUGUGAGAAGAUACAGAAUCUCCUUUGGCAAGAUAAUCCUUCAAAGAUGUUGACAGUUUAGAUUUAAACUAUGCCUUUUUUAAUUAGUGUGAAGAUACAAUUAGCAAUUAAAGGAAUAGUUCAUCCAGAAAUGACUUUUGGGUGAACUAUUCCUUUAAUGUAAAAAAGAACUUGGAAUGGAAUCUGUUUUCAAGUACGUGUGCUUUUUUUUUUUUCAUAUUAAUACUGCACAUUGAGAAACUUAAAGUAGCUUAUGGUGCAUUUUAUACUUGGAUCAAACAGCAUGAUGUUACAUUUCAAUACAUAUCUGGCAUUGGUCUUAAUUCUGUAUUCUAUUACUAAAACAAACAUCCCAUGAAAGUGUUUUUACUGUUUUAGGGUGCAGAUGUAUCUAAAUGUUAUUUGUUAGAUAUAUCCAUUUGGAUUAAAAUUUUAUAACAACUUUUAAUAUUGAGUUUUACAAGACAUAUUAAUGCUUCACAUGAGGUAGAGUUACAACAAAUCUGUGUCUAGGUGGUUAGGUAAACCUUUUGCAAAAGAACACUGCACUGAAAAGUACUGAGCCCCUUAAAGGACAGGCAGAGAAUUUAUCAUCUGAAAUAGUUCUACAUUCCCUCGCAGUAGCUACAGUUCAAAAUUUUACAUACACCUUAGCCAAAUACAUUUAAACUCAGAUUUCACAAUUCCUGGCAUUUAAUCCUAGAAAACAUUCCCUGUCUUGGUCAGUUAGGUUCACUACUUUAUUUUAAGAAGGUGAAAUGUCAGAAUAAAAGUAGAGAUAAUUAUUUAUUUCAGCUUUCAUUACUUUCAUCACAUUCCCAGUGGGUCAGAAGUUUACAUACACUUUGUUAGUAUUUGGUAGCAUUUUCUAAUUGUUUAAUUUAGGUCAAACACGUUGGAUAGCCUUCCACGAUCUUCUCACAAUAAGUUGCUGAAAUUUUGGCCCAUUCCUACUGACAGAACUGGUGUAACUUAGUCAGGUUUGUAGGCUUCCUUGCUCACACACACUUUUUCAGUUCUGUCCACAAAUUUUAUAUCGAAUUGAGGUCAGGUCUUUGUGAUGGUCACUCCAAUUCCUUGACAUUGUUGUCCUUAAGCAUUUUUGCCAAAAAAAAUGUGUGGUAUGCCUGGGCUCAUUGUCCAUUUGGAAGACCCAUUUCCGAAAGAGCUUUAGCUUCCUGGCUGAUGUCUUGAGAUGUUGUUCUGGAAUUUAUUUGCACUUUUCGCAUCAAACUACGUUCAUCUCUAGGAGACAGAAUGCAUCUCCUUCCUGAGCACAAUGAUGUCUGCAUGGUCCCAUGGUAUUUAUACUUGCGUCCUAUUGUUUGUACAGAUGAACGUAGUACCUUCAGGCAUUUGGAAAUUGCUCCCAAGGAUGAACCAGACUUGUGGAUAUCCACAAUAAUUUUUUCUGAUGUCGUGGCUGAUUUCUUUUGAUUUUCCCAUGAUGUCAAGCAAAGAAGCACUGAGAUUGAAGGUAGGCCUUAAAAUACAUCCUCAGGUACACCUCCAAUUGACUCCAAUUAGUCUAUCAGAAUCUAAAAUGGCUAAUUUCCUAAAGGGUUGACAUUGUUUUCUAGAAGUUUCCAAGCUGCAUAAAGGAACAGUUAAAUUCUGACCCACUGUAAUUGUGAUAUAGUCAAUUAAAAGUGAAACAAUCUGUCUGUAAACAAGUGUUGGAAAAAAGACUUGUGUCUUGCACAAAAUAGAUGUCCUAAACGACUUACCAAAACUAUAGUUUGUGAAUAUGAAAUCUGUGGAGUGCUUAAAAAAUGAGUUUUAUUGACUUCAACCUAAGUGUAUGUAAACAUCUGACUUCAACUGUAUAUCCAUCCCCUAUGAAAAUUAACCAUAACUUAACUACAUAACUAUAGUUUGCUAGUGGUCAACCGAUAGUGGAUUUUGCAGAUACAAUAACCAAGGUGGUGGUAAAGGCCGACAAAUCUAUACAAUAAUAAAUCGUAUUCUUUCCUUACUAUGAAGGGCACAUACAUUGAGUCUGCAAAAUGAAUAAAAUCCCAAAAGCAGUUUAUUGUUCAACCAAAAUCCCAAUAAUAACCAGAGAAAUGAAGAUUUGGUGUAUAACGCAGGACUUUUUACUUUAAACAAGCCUGAAAUACAACGGGGACUCAUAGUUUGAAAUUACAGAGUUUUGGCUCAGUUAAAAAGCUCUAUAUGUAAGUGUUUACCAAAUUAAGCUUUUAGCCUAUAGAUUCACCAGAUGAAGAGUUUAUGUAUAUACUUCACCAAAUGAGGUUUAUUGAUAAAGAAUAAAAAAACAGUGGGGGAAAAAAUGAAAAUAAAAUAUCGGCAAAUAUUUUUUUCCGAUAACCGAUAGUUCCAAAAAGCAAAUAUGGGUACCGAUUAAUCUGUAAAGCCAAUAUAUUGGUCUACCUCUAAACCAGUCGUUCUAAUUUUUUCAGUUCACCUAAUUAAUGAUACUGACAAACUGACCUUUCUGCCAUCAUUUACUCACCCUUGUCAUUCAAAACUAGUAAGACUAUUUUCCUCCGUGAAACACAAAAUUGAAGGAUGAGAGGAUCAUGUCUGUGGCUGUCCUAGCUCCAAAAUCACACAUCAAAGCACCUUAGUGUCCAUAACACUCAUGCUUAGAUUUCAAUUCUUCUGAAGCCAUAUGAUAGUGUUGUGUGAGGAACAGACCAAAACUUCAGUGUUAAUUCACCUCUUCACCAUUUGAAAAUGGCGCACACGAAUCCAUCUUUGUUUAAAUAAUCCCUGCGAGCACACCUGACACAAUGAAAGCUUUUGGGCUGCCGAGAUCUGUGCACGCAGGAUGCGCUGCAGUUCCAGGCAAAAGUUUAAACACAGCUGGGAAAAGGCAGAGGAAAAUAAAUUGCCACAUUGGUUCUUGUGUGUAUUGUCACUAUUUCUGUUGAAUGUGUGAAAGUGAUAGAGUCUUGAGGACAGGUCAGUCUUCCGUGACCCUCUUAUAAUACCUCCAAUCGUUCCUCAGCACCUGAUUGGAAAGCUGAACCUGUGGGCCUGAACACCUCCCUCUGAAACUGGAUCCUGGACUUCCUGACUGGGAGACCUCGGUCAAACCAGAUCGGGAGCAGCAUCUCCACCACCACCACCACCACACUGAGCACUGGGCCCGCCAGUGCUGUGUGCGCAGUCCACUGCCGUUCACUCUGCUGACUCAUGACUUUGCAGCAACGCACGGCUCAAAUCACAUCAUCAAGUUCGGUGAUUACACAAAAGUGAUGGAACUCAUCAACAAGAACGGCGAGUCAGCAUACAGAGAGGAGAUGCAGCUGCUCACGAACUGGUGUGGCGCCAACAACCAGUCUCUGAAUGUGGACAAAACAGAAGAGAUGGUUGUUGACUACAGGAGAACACAGAGUGACCAUUCUCCGCUGAACAUCAAUGGAGUCUCUGUGGAGAUCGUCAAGAGCACAAAAUUCCAUGGUUUCACCUGGCAGAGAACCUCACCUGGUCCCUCAACACCAGCUCCAUAACCAAGAAAGCCCAGCAGCGUCUCUACGCGAUGGCUGAGAAAAUCCCAUCUCCCACCGCCCAUCCUCACCACAUUCUACAGAGGGACUAUCGAGAGCAUCCUGAGCAGCUGCAUCACUGCCUGCUUUGGAAAUGGCACCGCUUAGGAUCGCAAGACCCUGCAGAGGAUAGCGAGGACUGCUGAGAAGAUCAUCGGGGUCUCUCUUCCCUCCAUCAUGGACAUUUCCACAACACGCUGCAUCCGCAAAGCCACCAGCAUUGUGGAUGACCCCAUGCACCCCCCACACAAACUCUUUACCAUCCUACCGUCUGGCAAAAUGUACCGAAGCAUUCGGGCCCUCACGGCCAGACUGUGAAACAUUUUUUUCCCCCAAGCUAUCAGACUCCUCAAUACUCAAGAGACUGGACUGACACACAUACACAACUGAACACCCUUUGCUAUUUGAAUAUUUAGCAUUUACUGUACCAUCUUGCACAGUUUGCACAAAUGCACUUUAUGUAGUAAUGUGUAGGUCUUAUUUAGCUGUGUAGUCUCACGUAGAUCUGUGUUUGUUUUUAUGUUGUAUUAUGUAGCACAAUGGUCCUGGAGGAACAUUGUUUUGUUUCACUGUGUACUGUACUAGCUGUAUAUGGUUGAAAUGAUAAUAAAAGCCACUUGACUUGACGUAAAACCAUAACCACAAAUUAUACCACGGUUCUACUAUGGUAACCAUAGUCACCUAUGGUAUUUGUGUUUAAACCAUAGUAAACAACAUUUACAAUUAUUUUACUACAGUAACUAUAUUCUAAAUAAGGUAUCUGUA